CCAGAGGCCAAGGCACUUGGCAGCAAUGCGGGUCUUUCUCCACCUCCCAGCCCUUUUACCUUCCCUGACCUUGCUCCAGGCUGCAGUGUUGGCCACAAAUGCACAGACCACCACGACUGCUGUCAUCUCUGAUGCCGUGAGGCAGAUCAAGAUCCAAGUCAACAAGGCCUUCCUGGAAUCCCGGACCAGGCUGAAGACGGCCAUGAGCUCCGAGGAGCCCACCUCUCGGCAGCUCUCGGAGUACCUCAAGCAUGCCAAAGGCCGGGCGCGCACAGCCAUCCGCAACGGGCAGGUGUGGGAGGAGGCCUUAAAGAGACUGAGGCAGCAACUGGCCGUGACCAAUGCCACAGACCCCAGUUUGGACUUGACUGCACUGUCUUGGGAGGUGGGCUGUGAUGCCCCUGUCCCUGCGGUGAAAUGUGACAAGGACAGUCCUUACCGAACCAUUACAGGAGACUGUAAUAACAGGAGGAACCCCGCGCUGGGCGCCGCCAACAGGGCGCUGGCGCGCUGGCUGCCCGCCGAGUACGAGGACAGGCUCUCCCUGCCCUUCGGGUGGACGCCGGGCAGGACGCGGAACGGCUUCUCCCUCCCGCUGGCCCGCGAGGUAUCCAACCAGAUUGCAGACUACCUGAAUGAGGAGGGUGUUCUGGACGCAAACAGGUCCUUGCUCUUCAUGCAGUGGGGUCAAAUUGUGGACCAUGACCUGGACUUUGCCCCUGACACCGAGCUGGGGAGCAGCGAGUGCUCCAAAGCACAGUGUGACAAGUACUGUAUCCAGGGAGACAACUGCUUCCCCAUCAUGUUCCCUCCCAAUGACCCCAAGGUGAGGACCCAAGGCAAGUGCAUGCCUUUCUUCCGAGCUGGGUUCGUCUGCCCCACUCCACCUUACCAGUCCCUGGCUCGAGAUCAGAUCAACGCCUUGACCUCCUUCCUCGAUGCCAGCUUGGUAUACGGCUCCGAGCCCAACCUGGCCAGCCGCCUUCGCAACCUCAGCAGCCCACUGGGCCUCAUGACUGUGAACCAGGAGGCCUGUGACCACGGGCUGGCUUACCUGCCCUUUGACAUCAAGAAGCCAAGCCCCUGUGAGUUCAUCAACACCACCGCCCGAGUGCCCUGCUUCCUGGCAGGAGAUUCCCGAGCCUCGGAGCAGAUUUUGCUGGCCACUUCCCACACCCUCUUUCUCCGAGAGCACAAUCGUCUGGCCAAAGAGCUAAAGAGACUCAACCCUCAGUGGGAUGGAGAGAAGCUCUACCAGGAAGCCCGGAAGAUCCUGGGAGCCUUCAUGCAGAUUAUCACCUUUAGGGACUACCUACCCAUUGUGCUCGGUGAUGAGAUGCAGAAGUGGAUCCCUCCAUACCAAGGCUACAACAAAUCUGCUGACCCCCGAAUUUCCAAUGUCUUCACAUUUGCCUUCCGCUCUGGCCACUUGGAGGUCCCCUCCACCGUGUCCCGCCUAGAUGAGAACUAUCAGCCGUGGGGUCCAGAGGCAGAGCUCCCCCUGCACACCCUCUUCUUCAACACCUGGAGGAUAGUCAAAGAUGGUGGAAUUGACCCUCUGGUCAGGGGCCUGCUGGCCAAGAAGUCCAAGCUGCUGAAUCAGAAUAAAAUGAUGACCAGAGAGCUGCGCAACAAGCUUUUCCAGCCCACUCACAAGAUCCACGGCUUUGACCUGGCUGCCAUCAACAUACAGCGCUGUCGGGACCAUGGGAUGCCUGGGUACAACUCCUGGAGAGGCUUCUGUGACCUCCCACAACCCCAGACCCUGAAGGAGCUGAAUGCUGUGCUAAAGAACGAGAGGCUGGCUGAGAAGUUACUGGAUCUCUAUGGGACCCCUGACAACAUCGAUAUCUGGGUUGGGGGCGUCGCCGAGCCCCUGGUAGAGAGAGGCCGGGUGGGGUCUCUCUUGGCCUGCCUCCUGGGGAAGCAGUUCCGACAGAUUCGUGAUGGAGACAGAUUCUGGUGGGAGAACCCCGGAGUCUUCACUGAGAAGCAGCGGGACUCUCUACAGAAAAUGUCCUUCUCGCGCCUCGUCUGUGACAACACCCACAUCACCAAGGUCCCACGGGACCCAUUCCUGGCCAACAGCUACCCCCAAGGCUUUGUGGAUUGCUCAGCCAUUGACAGGCUAGACCUUUCACCUUGGGCCUCAGUGGAGAAUUAAGGGCCCAGACUUCCCGGCCUCCCACACUGUGCAGUAGCACUCCCUUUGGUCCUUGAUGCCAUUUCAAGCAAGUUCAGUGACCCAGUCCCUUAGAGCUCCACACCCCAUCCGGCCCUUCUUUCAGCCAGGUUUCUCUACACUCGCCGGACGCACACCUCGCUCAAGCCCAAGGCCGGCAGCUCAGCCUUCCCAGCUCCUCCA